AUGGAGGGUCUCCCGGAGCCACUGCUUGCGGAAAUCAUCAAGAGGAUUACGAGGACAAGCGAUCUGAAUGCUCUUUCCCUAGUGUCAAAGCAGCUCUACAAUGCUGAGGCCGAGGAAAGGGUUACCAUCCGCGUUGGCUGUGGCCUUCACCCUGAAACAAAAGCUUUGUCAUCGCUCUGCUUCCGGUUUCUCAACUUGUGGAAAGUAGAGAUCAAUUACUCCGGUUGGACAUCCAAACAAGGGAGGCAGUUAGACAACCGAGGGAUUCUUGUGCUUUCGUCUCGGUGCCCUUUGCUGACGGAUCUCACCUUAAGCUUCUGCUCCUACAUUAAUGACACUGGUAUUGGUUAUCUAGCGAACUGCAAGAGGCUCAAGGCCCUCAGGCUGAAAUUUGCCCCAGCUAUAAGUUCUAGUGGGCUUCUCUCGGUAGCGGUCGGGUGCAAGAGUCUAUCUGCUUUCCAUCUCGUUGACUGCAUGAAAGUAGGCAGUGUGGAGUGGCUCGAGUACCUUGGCAGGGCCGGAUCAGUGGUAGAACUUGUGGUGAAGGAUUGCAAGGGAAUCAAACAGUGUGACCUCCUAAAGUUCGGUCAAGGAUGGAUGAAGCUUGAAAUUUUUGAGUUUCAGAUCAGCAAUUGCUGGUUAUCAGGGACUCCUUCUAGUCCCUCUUAUGAUGCUCAGCACCCGUAUAAAUAUGAUCUCAGUUGUGAAAAUCUGAAGGAUUUGAGGGGGCUGCCAGAUCAGUUCACUAUUCCGCCUAGUCUGAAAGCUUCCCCAGUCCAGAAGGGAGAUACAUUGUUCCAGCAAAGGGAGUACAUUGUUCCAGCAAAUAUUUUACACAAAGGGGACAUCUCGUCAAGGCCAGGGCAGUACAAGAAGAAUGGAAUAAUCUUUGGGCGUUAUGUUUGCCUGUUCUUCCCCGAACAGAAAGUGGGAGAACCGGAGGAGGCAGGAGAUAAAUUGCUCUCACCAAAUGCUGUUUGA